ACGCCCUGUGUGGAGUGGUCAUGUCGAGUGGAGGGAAUGUCACCUGUCUCCUGUCACCCACUGGUGGCAUUGUGUGGCCCCUGCUGCUGGCUCUUGCAGGCUCUGCUCUUCCUGCUCCUUCUGCUGGUGUCCCGGAGCCCUGCUCGCCGCUGCCGGCACCUGCCCCGCUCCCGCCCCGCUCUCGGGGAGCCGUGGCCCUGCGGAGGGCCAGCACCGGCCGGGGUGGGACCGAGGGGGACGCAGGGAGCCGCUUGCUCGUUCUUCCCAUCUCUGGUCACUGCCGCUGCCCGCAGCUGCAUGGGCUCUGCCUCACUCCCUAAAUAUAGCCAGGGUGCCAGGGCGAGUGGGGAUGGGGGUGUCCUGGCACCAGCCCCCCGCCCUGCUCUUCGGGGGGGCUGGCACUGUGGGAUCUGCGGGACCCCAACCUCCGCAGCCCUGCAGAGCGGGGCACAUUCUCCUCAGCGUGCUUGCCAGCCCUGCAGCCCCUGCUCCAGCCAGCCCUGGUCCCCCGGAGCCUCGGCCGCUCCUCCUCCCGGGCAGGGCACCAGCGGUCCCGGAACGUAGCCGGUGCCGGGCCCUGCCGGUGCCGAGGGGUGGGCAGGAGCGGUGACUCAGUGUCACCCGACGCCGCCGACAGCUGCGGCCCCGGCGGGGCGGGGGCGGCUAAAAUUAGCGCCCGGGGCCGGGGCCGAAACAAAGCGGGCACCGGGCGGCCGGAGCGGAGCCGCGGGACAGAGCCGGGCCGGGCCGGGCCGGGACCGCGGCCAUGAACUUCGCGGUAGGGCUGAAGCCGCUUCUGGCGGAGGCGCGGAGCAUGGAGAGCCUGGAGAAGCAGCUCAUCUGCCCCAUCUGCCUGGAGAUGUUCUCCAAGCCCGUGGUCAUCCUGCCCUGCCAGCACAACCUCUGCCGCAAGUGCGCCAACGACGUCUUCCAGGCCUCCAACCCGCUGUGGCAGUCGCGGGGCUCCAGCGCGGUGCCGUCGGGCGGGCGGUUCCGAUGCCCGUCCUGCCGGCACGAGGUGGUGCUGGACCGGCACGGGGUGUACGGAUUGCAGCGGAACCUGCUCGUGGAGAACAUCAUCGACAUGUGGGGGCGAGACAUGCGGAGACCCCUUCAUGCCAAGGCUGAGCAGCACCUCAUGUGCGAGGAGCACGAGGACGAGCGGAUCAACAUCUACUGCCUGCGCUGCGAGGCGCCCACCUGCUCCCUGUGCAAGGUGUUCGGGGCGCACAAGGACUGCGAGGUGGCCCCGCUGCCGGCCGUCUACCAGCGCCAGAAGAGCGAGCUCAGCGAUGGCAUCGCCAUGCUGGUGGCGGGGAACGACCGGAUCCAGGCCAUCAUCACACAGAUGGAGGAGAUCUGCCACACCAUCGAGGAGAACGGGCGGCGGCAGAAACAGCACCUGGGGCUGCGGUUCGACGCGCUCUACGGCAUCCUGGAGGAGCGCAAGAAGGAGCUGCUGCAGAGCAUCGCGGCCGAGCAGGAGGCCAAGCUGCAGCGGGUCCGCGGGCUCAUCCGCCAGUACGGAGACCACCUGGAGGCCUCCUCCAAACUGGUGGAGUCAGCCAUCCAGGCCAUGGAGGAGCCCCAGAUGGCCCUGUACCUGCAGCACUCCAAGGAACUCCUGAAAAAGAUCACAGACAUGUCCAAGGCAUCAAUGAGCAGCCGCCCUGAGCCCGGCUAUGAGAACAUGGACCACUUCUCCAUCAACGUGGACUACGUGGCUGAGAUGCUGAGGACCAUCGAGUUCCAGACAGAGCCACUGGGUGAGGAUGAGGGGGAUGGAGCUGGGGACGGCAGCGAGGCUGCAGUGGACGAGGACCGGCUGGACAGCCUGGAGGUGCCCGAAGCUGCUGAAGAUGUGGGGCCGAGGCAGAAGCCAGCGAGCUCUCCCCAUGGUCAGCACUGAAGUGAAGCCGUGGGGUAAGGCUGGAUGCCCUCAGCUCUGCCUGUCCCUGUCACACCCGGCUAUGCCUGUCCCUGUCAUCCUGCCCUGGCUGUGGCCAUCCCCGGCACUCCCAGGCGAGCUCCAUCCCUGCUGCUGGAAUUCCCUGAUGGGCGCUGCCCCUCUCCAGCAUUAAAAGUGUGUGAGGACACAUUCUCCCUCUCCAACAUUAAAAGUGUGUGAGGACACGUUCUCCCUCUCCAGCAUUAAAAGCGUGUGAGGACACAUUCUCCCUCUCCAACAUUAAAAGUGUGUGAGGA